AUGCUUCCAAUAGAAAAAGAAAAUUCAAGAGUUGCUACAACUAAACCAUUAGAUGAACUUUUUACGAAUGUCGGUCAAAAGUUUGAGACAGAGACCGUAAAGCAUGAAGGCUAUCGUUUUGACUACCCAUUGAGAUGGCUAAGAGACCCAUCCGUCACAAAAGCUAUUGGCUUUCGUAGAAUGAAGUUCAUUUCAGAAGCCAUACAUGGUUUCCCAUUUACGGUCGCUUUUGAAGUUCGAUACUAUAACAAAGAAAAACGUACGUAUGA